AAGAAAAGGAAGUGAGCAAGCACAGACGCUGGCAGCUAUCAGGAGUCCAAGCCCUUUGACAACAGGAGGCUGGAAGAAAGAUCAGAAGUGGCUCUGGCUAUGAUGGGGCUCUUACUGGGCAUGCUGUUCCUGAGCCACCUAAUGGUGGUCACCUGUGGCCAUCCCAUCCUGGAAGUGCCUGAGAAUGUGACAGGGCCUUGGAAAGGGGAUGUAAAUAUUCCCUGCACCUAUGGUCCUCUGCAAGGCUAUACACAAGUCUUGGUAAGGUGGCUGGUACAACGUGACUCAAACCCAGUAACCAUCUUUCUACGUGACUCCUCUGGAGACCAUGUCCAGCAAGCAAAGUACCGGGGUCGCCUACACGUGAACCACCAGGUUCCAGGAGAUGUCUCCCUCCAACUGAAUACCCUGGAGAUGGAUGACCGGAGCCACUACACGUGUGAAGUCACUUGGCAGACCUCUGAUGGCAACAAAUUCAUGAGAGAUAAGAUCACUGAACUCCGUGUCCAGAAACUCCCUGUAUCUAAGCCCACAGUGAUGACUGGCAAUGACUAUGGCUUCACAGUACCCCAGGGAAUGAGGAUUAGCCUUCAAUGCCAAGCUCGAGGUUCUCCUCCCAUCAGUUAUGUUUGGUACAAGGAACAGAUUAACAAUCAAGAACCUAUCAAACUAGCAACCAGGAGUACCUUACUCUUCAAGCCUGCAGUGGUGACUGACUCGGGCUUUUAUUUCUGUACUGCCAAGGGCCGAGUAGGCUCUGAGCAGUACAGUGACACUGUGAAGUUUGUAGUCAAGGACUUCUCAAAGCCACUUGAGAUCAAGACUAAGGCACCCACAACCAUGCAAUCCCCCUUGGAAGCAACAUCCAGAGUGAGCUCAUCUUGGGGCUGGACCACUAAAGCUGAUAACUACCUUGAGAAGACAAGUGCUGGGCCAGGAAAGGGACUACCUAUCUUUGCCAUCAUUCUCAUCAUCUCCUUGUGCUGUUUAGUUGUAAUCACCAUGGCCUAUAUCAUUCUCUGCCGGAAGACAUCUCAACAGGAUGUCUGUGAAGUUACCAGGGUGCAUGCCAGAGAGGCCAGUGACUCUGGUGAAACCAUGAGGGUGGCCAUCUUCGUGAGUGGUUGCUCCAGUGAAGACCCAGCUUCCUAGACUCUGGGCUACAAUUACUCUGAUGAGCCCUGCCUGGGCCAGGAGUGCCAGAUCAUCACCCAGAUCAACAGUGACUACGCUCACCUGCUGCACACAGUUCCCAUGGAUUAUGAGUUUCUGGCCACCAAGGACAAGAGUGUCUGCUAAAAAUGUCCUUUAGGCUAGGAUCUGUUGACAUAAUUGCAUAUUUAGCUCUGGAAUUUUGCACUGUCUGCCUCCCUGCUAUCUUUCUUCCUGGAUAGCCUAAUACAUCCUCCCUGCCAACAUUGGGGUCCCUAGGAGUAACAGAUUUCACCUAAGAAGUUACCAUAUGUAUCUCAAGCAAGCCUGCUGCUAGGUCAGGCCCUAGCCCUUCUAGUAUUCCUGCCUGGGGCUUCUGCUGCUUCUCUCCAAAUACCAGAAAACAGUACCCAUAGCACUAGGACUUGGUCUUCAUGCCUCCAGACAUCACUCAAAUUUGGUCUCUUACAACCAAAAGACCAGAGGGGACCAGUUGGGUUCAGGAUCACUUCCCUUUCUCCAGUGCCAUAUAGCUUUUAAAUGAGAUUGUCAUACAGCAGGCCAGGGUUCAGUUCUGCUCCUGUAAGUCUAGUGCUCUGGUAUUCUUUUGAUGCUUAAUAAACAUUUAAACAUAACA